AUGAACGAUAUCAAACACCUUCUAUAUUUUAUUGCGGGGACGGAAACGAACUCUACCAUUGUGGAAUGGGCACUAACCGAGCUACUUCGCAAUCCAGAGGCUAUGGCUAACGCAAAAUUUGAGAUAAACUUUAUUGUUGGCCCAAACCGUUACUUUCGUGACAACGACCUUGCAGAUUUGCCCUAUUUACGAGCUGUUAUAAUAGAGACUCUCCGUUUGCACCCACCGAGUCCAUUUCUAAUCCCACGCAAGGCUGAGUCAGACACGGAUGUUUUAGGGUUCCUAGUACCUGAAAAUGCUCAGAUUCUAGUGAACGCUUGGGCUAUAGGACGUGCUCUAUGUUUUAUCCUGUUAUCAGUGUGA